GUUUCUCCCUCCCCACCUAUUCUAUCCAAAACCAGCACCCCCCGCUUCUCAUUUCGCUCUGCCUCGCCACACCACCAGAUAGAUCAGUGAUAAGUUUUCUGAAGUUUGAAACUACUUAAUCCAUGAUCUAUCAUGAAAAUUUCGGUUAAUCAACCUCAAGAUGCCCCAGAUAAAUGGGAUAUGAUGAACACUGUAUCAAGCCACCAUUGUAAUUGCUCGCUAGGAUUUCAGGAACAUCUUAUCAAAGGAAGAUUUAGUAAAACUCCAUGUCCAGGAUAUUCUGGUCCAUAUCCUCCUUCAAGAGGAUUGGAAAAACUAGUUUUUACCCAAGGCCAAUGCCUUGCUCGUAGAUAUUAUCAAGGUGUUAGGAAAUUCAGGCCUGCCUUCUCCAGUAUGGUGGAUGAUGGCAUGGAUCCAGAUAACUCAAAAGAUGGGAAUAAUGAAGAAGAAUCUACAAAAGGCGAAACUGGAGGAGUGAACAGUGAAAUACUUCGGGAGAAUCUUGAAAGAAUAGUUGGAACAGAUGAUUCGACCUUUAGUGGGAUAGACCUUGCAAUCCUUAUUAGGAACAAGUAUGGGAGGUCUUAUGAUGUUCAACUGAUAAAGAAGGAGUUCAUGGGAAAAAGCUUUCUUGCUUUGAAUGUGAUGUGGAAGUACGCGGAGCAGAGAUCGUUUCCGCUGACUGAAGAAGAGUAUCUACUGAGGCUUGAUGAUGUGGCAAACACAUUGAGAUGCUGGGGAGCUGUCUCACAUAUUCGAAACAGCCUAGCUAAGUUGAAAGAGCGGCCUCGGAUUGGAAAGGCAGUAAGCAUUUUUAUAGACAUGGAUGAGUCUGGAGGCCGAGCAGAUGAAUGGAUCUACAAGUAGAUUAACUCAAAAGGAGAGAAUGUUUAUGUCGAGGGAGGAACCAUACCCACCAACACAACACCCUUGGCCAUCAUCUGAAAUCAAUUGUUUGGUGGCAAAAUGUUUCUGACAGCGGCAGGGCACAAGGAAGAUUGGUGCCUUGUGCUUCCAAUUUGUUUAUUAUUCCAUAUAUACACCAUGGUUGGCGGCAUAUGAAGCCUCCGUAGAUUCUAUCAUACAUGUAAGAGGAUGCUCUCAUCUUUUGAUCUAUGCACUUUUUACCUCACUCCAUGUAAAUAUACAAGUUUGUUACGAUGUACAAGGUAAGACACAUACACACAUAGAGGAGAGAUCUUUGACAGCUCCCCUUUCUAAUGUAAUGUUAUGUUUAGCACCCGUCCAUGCAAAUUAAGAAAUAAAUUACAACUGCAUUAUCUCC